AUGGCGCCCUGGGCGCUUUUCACCCCUGGGGUCCUGGUGCGGACCGGGCAUACUGUGCUGACCUGGGGGAUCACGUUGGUACUCUUCCUGCAUGAUACCGCACUGCGGCAGUGGGAAGAGCAGGGGGACCUGCUCCUGCCCCUCACCUUCCUGCUGCUCGUGCUGGGCUCCCUGCUGCUUUACCUGACCGUGUCACUCAUGGACCCGGGCUACGUGAAUGUCCUGCCUCAGCCCCAGGAGGAGGCCAAGGAAGAGCAGACAGCCAUGGUUCCUCAGGCCAUCCCCCUUCGGCGCUGCGGAUACUGCAUGGUGCUGCAACCCCUGCGGGCUCGGCACUGCCGUGAGUGCCGUCGCUGUGUCCGCCGCUACGACCACCACUGCCCCUGGAUGGAGAACUGUGUGGGCGAGCGCAACCACCCACUCUUCGUGGCCUAUCUGGCGCUGCAGCUGGUGGUGCUUCUGUGGGCCCUGUACCUGGCAUGGUCCGGCCUCCGCUUCUUCCAGCCCUGGGGGCUCUGGCUGCGGUCCAGCGGGCUCCUGUUCGCCACCUUCCUGCUGCUGUCGCUCUUCUCCCUGGUGGCUGGCCUGCUCCUGGCCUCGCACCUCUACCUGGUGGCCAGCAACACCACCACCUGGGAGUUCAUCUCCUCCCACCGCAUCGCCUACCUCCGCCAGCGCCCCGGAAACCCCUUCGACCGCGGCCUGACCCGCAACCUGGCCCACUUCUUCUGUGGAUGGCCCCCGGGCUCCUGGGAGACCCUCUGGGCCGAGGACGAGGAGGAGGAAGGCAGUAGCCAAGCUGUUUAG